AUGGCGGCCCAGGAGGAACAACCGGACUGGUUGAACCUCCCGUGCGAUCUAUAUUCUACUGUCGAUCAUCGCGCGGAGGUCCCGCGACGCCGUCACCGGGCUCAGCGCGUUCCGCUCCGUGUGCCGGGCAUGGCGCGCCGCGUCAGGGCUCCCUCGUCCCCGUGCCGCGCGGCUCGUCUUCCCCUUGGCGCGCGGCUGGUCGAUCGUGUUCCAUGUCCGCGACGCCUCCUGCCACCUCUCGCACCUGGCCACGGGCGCCACGGCGGCGCUGCCCGCGCUCAGCGCCUUCCAAACUACCUCGACUUCACGGACUGCUUACGCUUCGCCGUCCACCUCCCGCCCGGCCCGCCGGCGGCGACCGGCAUGACGGUCAUGAUGUGCCACAUGAUGCACCGGGAGGCGGGCAUGUUCUUCUGCCGCCCCGGAGACGCGGCCUGGACCAUGGUGGGGGAGCCCAACAACAUAGGCCACGGCUACUUCGACUUGGCCUACCACGACGGCAAGAUGUUCGGCAUGCAGCACAACAACUACCAGAUGUCGGUGUUCGACGCUGCCACACUCGGCGCCCUGCAGCUGGUCGGCCGCCCGCCGGCCACCACCAUGUUUGCCAACAAGAUGUACGGCAUCGGCGUUGAGAUGGAAAAGUUCGAUUACGCCCACCUCGUCGCGCUGCCAAGCAGGCUGGUUCUGGUCAGGAGCACCGUCAAGUCGGCCCGGCCGGUGGCCUUCACCAUUUUCGAGUUGGUCUCUGACCCUGAUGGGCAGCUCGCCUGGCGCAAGGUGACCGAUGCUGGUAACUACGAAUUGUUCCUGGAUGGAUAUCACGCCACGUUCAGGGAAAACGACGGCGCCAACGGGAGCGGGACUCGGAUCUACUAUGUUCAUGACACGCCCUGGAAUUCUUCCACGGCGGCCUGCUGCUACGAUAACAUGUCGGAAUGCGGCACGGCGGCCGGCUGCUACAAAAACAAGCCGGAAUGCGGUACGGCGGCCUACUGCUACAGCGUGCAGGACAACAAGUUGGAAUGCGUCUACAAGUCAUCACCCAAGGACGAUGGUCCUCCCGGCUGCUCAACUAAGCCUAGUUGGUUUAUUCCCUAG